CGAAGUGGAAUUGCUCGUCGAGCUUCGGAGCAAAAUUUCGUGUCGUGGCUUGCGCCCGGAGACAGCAGAGGCGCAUCAAAAUGUCGAACGAUCUGAUGCUCGAUACGCAGAUCCGGGACUGGGUUCUUGUCCCGCUCUCGGUGGUGAUGGUUUUGAUUGGUGUUCUGCGCCAUUUCGUCACUAAACUUCUGCGAUCGUCCCAAAAUCCUGAUAUUAAGGCAGUGAAAGAAGGGCAAGUUGUGUUAAGAGCGAGGUACUUGCGAGCCGCAGCAAACCUUAUCCCUGCUAAGUCAUUCCGUGCUAGGAAAGUAUACUAUAACAAUGAGGAAAAUGGUUUGUUGUUCGUACCUAAAGGACAAGGUAACAAUAUGCAGGCUCAAAUGUUCACAGAUCCCAAUAUGGCCAUGGACAUGAUGAAGAAGAAUCUCUCGAUGAUCAUUCCCCAGACCUUAACUUUUGCCUGGGUCAAUUUCUUUUUCUCCGGUUUUGUAGCAGCCAAGAUUCCUUUCCCCUUGACUCAACGGUUCAGGGCUAUGCUACAAAACGGAAUAGAUCUGAGUUCUGUGGAUGUGAGCUACGUCAGCAGUCGGUCUUGGUACUUCUUGAAUCUCUUUGGCUUGAGAGGCCUUUUCAGCUUAAUACUUGGUGAAGAGAAUGCCACAGAUGACGCUCAAAAGUUGAUGCAGACACAAAUGGCAAUGCAAAUGGGAGGGUUUGGUGCAGACCCAGCCAAGACUCUUGGUGCAGAGAAGGAUGGUCUUGAUCUCGUACAGCAUGAGUGGGCUUUGAACAAAGUCGAGAAAAGAGCUGAAGCUGUCCUGAAGCAACUGCUUGAUACUCCCAACUUCAACAUAUGAUUACAUUCUCUUCGCUCCUUUCAUUGCUCCAGUUGGUUCUUUUUUUUUAAUCUACACUGGUCUUUCUCGGACCAAUUAAGUCUCUUCUGCCAAUAGAUUGUUCAGGCCACCUUUGCCUUGAGUAUCACGUUUUUUUCGGAGUUUGGUGCUCGAGAUUCCAGGGCUAGUCUGUAGAACCGGCUGUUUUUUUGAGCAGUUUUCAAGGCAUGAACUAACAUGCACAAACUUCAGACGAAACAUCCGCUGUAAAAUAUCAUUGACUUCACACCACAUGGGAAUGUUUAGCUGUCCAACGAUCCCUUUGUGGGUUGUGGUGAGGGUUAGUUAGGGAAUGUGAAGAUGAACUUCCUGGCGAAGAAUUUUGAGUUUCAAUAAAGUUUAAUAGGUUGAU